UUAUCACCCGCUCGUCGCUCACCGACCCGACGGAGGCGCUUCCAGAUUCUUCCGUUCCUGUGUAGAGGAACCGUGGCAGGGAUGUGCCCUUCCGGCCGCUACCCCCGCGGCGCUCCGUCCGCCUCUGCCGCCCGUAUCCUCCGGCCGGCGUUCGACGUCCUCGACGCCGAUCGUGACGGCAAGAUCAGCCACGACGACCUCAAGGCCUUCUUCUCCUCCGGCUUCGCGGCGCCUCUCUCGGACGAGGACAUCGGGUCCAUGAUCUAUACCGCCGACGCCGACCGCAACGGGCUGGUGGAAUUCGAGGAGUUCGAGCGGGUCCUCAGCGGCCGCGGCGGGGGGAGAUCCGGCGGCGACGUCAUGGCGGAGGCGUUCCGCGUGAUGGAUCGGGACGGGGACGGGAAGGUGGGGUUCGGGGACCUGAAGGCGUACCUGUCAAUGGCGGGGCUGCCGGCCGGCGACGCGGAUGUUUGGGGGAUGUUACGGAUGGGCGGCGGCGGUGACGCGGUCAGCUUCGACGCCCUCCUCAGGAUCCUGGCCGUCGACUUCGCCAAUGGCCCGUGAGCUGUUUGGUAUCUGUCCCUGUUCUUUCGUGAAUCAACACCAUAAGGUAUUUUCCUUCAAUAAAAGUCGAAGAGAGUCGCUUCGGUAGCUCAUUAAAUGUACGUCGUCGUUUUUGUCAAACGUCAACAUGGUACGAAAUCCAAUAAAAAAAUUAGAAAUAAAAGAUAGAUAGUCAGAUUACAUUCGAAAAUUAGAAAAUUAAGAAAAUAUUACUAUAAUAAUCUAUAGAUGAUUUUAAUACUCUUGAAUUAAUUAAGCUAUUGUCUUGUAUAAAACUUAGAUGAAGAAAUUUAUAUUGCAGUCCUAUGUAAAUGGCAAACGCUAAUAUGAACUCUUCGUAUGCUUACUUGA